AUACAGCCGACCAAAGGAACCCUAGUAUAUAACCGGAAGCAUUGAAGAAGGUGUUGUAACAAAAGAAGAAAUGGACCCAUUUGGGUUGUGAAAACGAAACGAGUGGCUAUGUUGGCUCCGCGACUCCAAUAAUCUAGAGUGCCUAUAAUUGAAGGAGAGGUGGGGGGUUGAAGGUACAUACACAGGUGACAGGUCUAUCAUACACUUCCAUCCUUUUCCCAACUCCAAACAUAGGUAGAGCACCGAAGUGUAGUACUCCAUCAAAGUAGAAUGUAAAGUUAGACCUACCGCAGAGCAAUUAGAUUCAUUUUACACGCAAGUAGAACUGGUUACUCACAUAAAUUGUGAUCGGUAUUCAAGGAAAAUGCUGAAUGAUGAAGUAGUGAUACACCCAUGAAAGGUAUAUCUUUCUCACAAACAUUAUCAGCCUUUGCAUUCACAUACAUUGGCUGUGCUACAUGUAACGGCUACAUCAAACCCAGUCAUGUUGUUGCUAUGAGGAGCAACAAUUCCCAGACACCCUCUUCUAAGGAUAAUGAUACACCUCCUCCAAGGAUUACAUCAAACUUGAAGCAGAAUUUGCAGUUCCUAAGAUUAUGGAAGGAGUUCCAAAAGAGAAAACCCAGUACUCCAAAGCCUGCUACUAGUUAUCGUAAGAAGAAGGUGGAGAAGGAAGAACUGCCAGAAGAUGAAGAGAUCUACCGUGAUCCUACAUUGGCACUAUACUAUACAAAUCAGGUAGUGGAUACUGCUAUUCCCGUCUUGCUUGUUGAUGGAUAUAAUGUGUGUGGAUAUUGGCCCAAGUUGAAGAAGCAUUUUAUGAAUGGAAGCCUUGACAUUGCUCGCCAAAAACUCAUUGAUGAACUUGUAUCAUUCAGUUUGCUAAGAGAGGUGAAAGUGGUGGUUGUAUUUGAUGCCAUGAUGUCUGGAAUAGCUACACACAAGGAAAACUUUGAGGGUGUUGAUGUGGUAUAUUCAAGUGAAACAUGUGCUGAUGCAUGGAUUGAGAAGGAGGUGGUCGCUUUAAGGCUGGAUGGGUGUCCAAAAGUUUGGGUUGUCACAUCUGAUCAUAAUCAGCAGCAUGCAGCCUAUGGAGCAGGGGCUUUUGUUUGGAGCUGCAAGGCAUUAAUCUCUGAGAUCAAAGCUUCACACAAGGAGGUUGAGAGAAUGCUGCGGGAACAUAGAUCUACUUCUAUGCAAGGUAAAUUGUUAAAGCACAACCUCGGUGCAGAAGUUGUGGAUGCUCUCAAGGACCUCAGGGAUCAGCUUUCUCAAAAUGAGACGCGCAGAUGGUAGUCUCAUGAGAGGCUAUAUUAGAGACGAGCAGAAUUUUAAGUCAAUGGAUGCGAAGUUCUAACCGCUCUAUUAACUUUGUGACACUAUAUUUGGGAUCAGUAUUAUAGAUACAUGUAUUCUAAAAAAGUUUCAACCACAUGGGUGCAUCUUGGGCUGAUGCUGCCUUCAACAUUCAUUUGCCUCUGGGUUAUACCUUCAACCUUCUGCCAACAUCAUGGAGAUGCAUACAUUUUCUGAAACUACUGUUGAGUAUUUACAAGUUAUUGUGUCCAUUUCUACAUUGUACAACAUCGUCUGCUUAUAGGGAGUGGUAUAUAAGUUGAUUAGUUUAUUGUUCUAGCUAUGAUACUUCUAAUAUUGCAAAGAUAAUGCCGCAUCAUGUUCCUGCCUUAAA